AUGCUGAGGAGAUCUUCUAGACCACUGCCACCGAGGGAUGCCAGGAAACGGUUUGGCGGGGCAGCUCGGAGCAUUCAUCGCUCUACAGAAGAGCACAGGUUUGAACUAAGGAAUUACAGGGAGCAACGAGAUCAGGGGACAGAAAACAAACAUGAGGGAAGCGAUAAAGAUAGUCCUCCCCAACAUUCUGCUAAGAAGGUGAGGAAGGGAUUAAAUUUUGGGGAGAACGCAAAUGGGAAGGAUGAGUUUAACACAGGGAUUAGCCAAGCUGUCUUGGAAGAACCGGGGGAAGCACUUGUAGAAGCAAUGGAGUCAGGUUCUCAGAUGGGAGAGAGAGGAGUGGAGGAUGAUCAGUUUGACAGUUUGAUAUUUCGAGAGACUUUAAUAUCGAUGACUUGGAAGAUACGUUAG